GCACAAUUUUAGAUACUUGAGAUGCUGAUGGAUGAGGCAAAAGUCUUGCUAGGCUUUCCCAAUAAUUCUUGUCCCAAUGCUUCUCAGGUCAAAGCUGCUUAUAAAAGGAAGGUAUGGGAGACUCAUCCUGAUUGCUUUCCACUUCAUCUCAAACCUAAUGCAGAACUCAAAUUUAAGAUGAUUUCAGAAGCAUACACUUGCCUUCUUUCUGGUGCAAGACAAGAAGGUGAACAUGUAGUUGGAUAUUCGCGUGUAGUAAGAAGUGGAGUUCCUAGAGGAGGAGGAGGAGGAGGGAGGAGAAACCAUGCACUGAUUGGGCUUCCCUUUCUUUUUAUUAUUUUGGGAACUGCAGCAUUGGGAGGAGCAAAUGUUGCCAGGGCCUACAGAAAACAGAGGGCAGAUUAUCCUUCUCAUAAUCCUUUUCUCCCUUGAUUGUUCAUAAAACAUCUCUGUAUAGAUUUUGGUAUGUAUGACGUUAGUCCUGCAACUGAUCCAAUAAGCACAUUUUAAUUUUCAAGUUGUUCAUUAUGUAAAUUAGACGAAUAGUUUAGGUCAUGGAAGUCCACUUUUGACUCCAUUGAAGCAAUAAUCCUUUAAUCGAUGUUGUAAUAUUUUCUCGCGCACAACUGUUGCACAUUUGAUAAUUGAA